UGGGUCAGAAAGCUCGCUCCGCUCAGUUCGUAGACACAAGUGGGGCGAGGUUCCCUUUCACGGAAGUUGCCCGCGUUUAUUUAUUUUCCAACUUGGCUAGAGAACGACUGCAAAAGGAAGGAAACCAAAUCAGGACAUUUUCUGGGAGUCUUUCCUCACAGCUAUAAGAAGUUUAGAGCCAGGAGACUCAGUGCUGCAAACAGGAAGAGCAGUACAGUAAAAACAGAAAUGGCAUGGAUUCUGAAGCUGUAAGCUUUCACAAGACAAUUCAGCCAGGACAAUGAAAAAGCUGAAUCCAUCAUACUAUGAAACAACGCGGGCAGCACAGGUGGCUCUGCACUGUAUGAACUACCAGCAUGCAAGUCUUUUCUGCCAUUUUAGUUAUGAAACUGUUAAAAGUUCCAGUUUAGAGGAACUACCUGGAGUUGGAAACAAGUAUCAUUUAGUAUUUAAAGAAGACAAGACUUCAAGUGAAGAUGUCAUGCGAAUACACACUGCAAAAAUACUCUUUAGCCACACGGAAACUCGGAUGGCUCCACAGGUGAACUGUACAUAUGAUGACACUGCUAAAGCAAACACCACAGAUGAUGAACAUGCUUUUUAUGAGCGUAUGAGGAAGCAGGAAAAGCUUGUGGAUGGGAAAUAUAUUCCAGAUGGCCAUGGAAAUAUCCCCGCAGAAAUGAAACCAUUUUGGCUCCUUGGACAGAUUGCAUCAAGCUAUGUAAUGUGGCAGGAGUCCAGUGAAUCCACACUUUAUAAUAUGGUCACAGUUCUUUCUUUUCAACAACUGAGAACAGAAGACGACUUUCUUGACUUUGAGUAUGUUGUCCUGCUGCACGAUAUAGUUUCCCAGGAGAUAACUCAGUGGAGCAUGCAUAUUCGCUGGAAUCCCACACACGGAGUGAAGGUGCUGAACUAUGCUCAAGACCACCGAGACAUUCCAUUUCCUGGAACAGCAACGGCUACAAUGAGCCCAGCAAGUCUCAGCUAAUCAGCUUCAUGGCGUUCUGUGCAGCCUCACCUUAAAGAAACUGUAUGCAAUUAUCUUUUUUUAAAGUAACAAAAAAAUAAUGAAAAGUACCAAUGCAUAAUAUUAUGUAGGUAGGAAAUGGGGAUAAUCUGUGGGUACAAUGGCUUCUAAUGAAUCACCCAGAGCUGGCAGGAGUGUGGUUGCACAGUGCCUUCUGCUCAAUUUUCUGGUGCCAAUGUAUGGGGGUGUGCAUGAGAGUGCCCAGCGAGGAACUGGCAUCCCAGCCAGGGCCGGUCCCUGCCUUACACCCUGUGUGGGCCUACCACCCUCAACUGGAAGAUGCAGGCCCAGUGAAUGGGACCCAGUGUGAGUUUUCUCAAAUGUAGUAAAUCAUAAAGUGAACACUGUUGAAACUUUGAUUAUUUUAAAUAAAGUUUAUUGAUCGAGUUAACAAAA